AAUGAGUUUGGUGGUCGUCGCGAGUCGCGAUCAAGAGCCCUCGCGUCUGCUGCUCGCUAACCACCCUGGCAUUUUUCUUCGUUUUGUUAUGCUCCUGCCGAGUAAUUUUCAGCUCGCUGCGACGUGCUCACUAAAAAAAUUAGAAAUCCACUCGCGGCGAAGACCGAAGGGAAAUCGGGAAUCUUACAGGUUCGCGAUCAAACUCCAUGCUAUCUCCGAUGGAAUCAGCUAGCAGGACUGCAGCGGUGACAUGCCCGUCGGGACAGACUGACCGCUAUGUUGCCGUCAGGGACGGAAGUUGUGGCUCGCUACAACUUCAAUGCCAAGUCGCGAGAGGACCUGUCGUUUAUGAAGGGAGACCUCAUGACGAUAGUGUCGGACACUCCCGACCCGAACUGGUUUCGGGCUAAACACAGCGAUGGACGAGAGGGACUGAUCCCGUUAAAUUAUAUUCUCCGAAGAGCCGAAGUCAAGCUGAACUCAAUGCCAUGGUUCCACGGAAAGAUAACGCGCGAGCAGGCCGAGUCGCUGCUGAGCCCCCGAGAGGACGGCCUCUUCCUUGUGCGCGAGAGUACCAACUACCCGGGCGACUACACCCUGUGCGUCUGCUUCCGUGGCAAGGUGGAGCACUACCGGGUCAUCUACCGCGAAAACAAGCUCACCAUCGACGAAGAGGAGUACUUCGAGGGGCUGCCCCAGCUCAUUGAGCACUACGAGCAGGAUGCGGACGGCUUGUGCACACGUCUGUCCCAGUCGGUGCCCAAGCAGGACGGAGAGAUGGCCAUCGACCACCGGGCCUUUGAGAUGGCUGGCUGGGCCAUCAAGAAGCAGGACCUGCAAGUCAUCGAGAACAUUGGCAAGGGGGAAUUUGGAGAUGUCCUGCUUGCCAACUACAAAGGACUAAAAGUGGCCGUGAAGAAGAUCAAGGAAUCCGGGAAGAACAUGCUCAUUGCAGAAGCUUCACUCAUGACUUCCCUGAGGCACCCGAACCUGGUCCAGCUGUUGGGCCUGGUAAUAGAGGAGUCCUCCCUGCAGAUAGUGACGGAGUACAUGGCCAAGGGAUCGCUCGUCGACUACUUGCGCUCCCGGGGACGACUCCACGUGACCCGGCUUGACCAGAUCAACUUCGCUACCGACACCUGUGCUGGGAUGGCCUACCUGGAGUCCAAGCACGUGGUUCAUCGAGAUCUUGCCGCCAGGAACGUCCUCAUCUCGGACGAUGGAGUGGCCAAAGUGUCGGACUUUGGGCUGGCACGGGACGAGAGUGACAACCUCGAAGGAGGCAAGUUCCCCAUCAAGUGGACUGCUCCUGAGGCCCUAAAGUUCAACAAAUUCUCCAACAAGUCGGACAUGUGGAGCUUUGGGAUCCUGCUGUGGGAGAUAUAUUCCUUCGGGCGGGUGCCUUACCCAAGAAUUCCACUGGCAGACGUUGUGCGCCAUGUGAGCAAGGGCUACCGCAUGGAGUGCCCCGAGGGCUGCCCCAGCGAGGUCUACGAGCUCAUGCGGGCGGCCUGGCAGGACGAACCCCAGGCCAGGCCCCCCUUCGGGCAGGUGCUGCGCAAGCUGCAGGGCCUGCGCCUGGAGGCCGAGGCCGCGGCAGGCACCUGACAGGGCCCCCCCCUCCUCCCCUCCCCCUCCCCUCUCUCAUCCUCUCCUUCAACCUCUUGCGUCUCCACUCUCGACUUCGACACCACGGCGGAGGUCGUGCCGGAACGAGAAGAGCUCAGCGCCGUCACAGCAAAGGAGGGGUCUCCAACCGAAAGCGAAGCUGCGACCGCGGGUGCGAGCCCCGACGCUUCCCUCGUCGUGGCCAGGGUCCGGCCCCGGUUUCCGCUCCCGGCCGCAGGUGCCCUGGUGCUGCUCUUCUCGGCCUACCUGCAGACCCUGGGGCCCCUGUCGCAGUAGUGAAGUGCCACGCCCUCCGCCCGAACUCUGGAGGGCCUUCUUGUGUCCGAGGUGCUGCAGCGUCUUCCAUCGUUGGUGCCCGUGUGUGUGUAUGUGUGUGUGUCUGCAUUCAUGGACCUUGGAUGUGCGAACGAUGGACCUUCCGGGAGGCGGUCCCCACAAGCGCUACUCGGACGGGUUUGGGGAGGGAGGGUGUGUGGUACCCGUGUCGGCAGGCUUUGUUCGGUGCGUCCCGCUUUUGGGAGCGUUUUUCGUUGCAUGUUUCGGUGCAGUGGUUUGCUUGCCUUUGUGUGGUUGUGCCAGAUAAAGGACUAAUCCAGAAACAUUCUGCAUUAAUGCCAGAAACAAACCACAGACAAUGUUUUCCAACCAUAUAUAUAUAUAUAUAUGCUGUAAAUGACUUAUUUUCCGCGGGCUCAAUAUUUUAUGAUUUAAGUCAAAGCUUAAGUUUUGGAAUAAUUUGCGGGUUCUAAUUUUCGCGGCGUCGUGGCAUCUCAAAAUAGAUUCCAGUGCGUUUACAUUUUGCCGUAAUUGUUUGCAGGACUCAUUUUUCGCAACUUGUAGGCGAUUCGCGAAAUUUGCGAAAAUUAGGUCCUCGCAAAGAUUAAGUCGUUUACAGUAUAUCCUUUUUUUUUUUUUUUUUUCAGUCUGUUAUAUAUUGGAUAAAGGAUUAUUUGCUUGAAAUUUGAGGGUGCAGCUCUUCUUACAUGGGCAUGGCGACCCUCGCACAAACAAUAUAGAGUAAUUUCUGAAACUUUUGGCUGGUGCCUGGACUUUCAUUUAAUUUUAAUCUAUAAAAAUUUUGAUUUUAGUUGAUUUUUUAAGAAGUUGCGUCAUGCCAUUCUCCUUACUGGGUGACAUGUUGGUGUCUUUGUGGUUGGUGGCUGGUAGAGAAAAGGACUGUUCUGAUGGGUCGCUAGUGCAGUCUGGCUUUGUUUACGCUAGAAGCAACGGUAAGGCAUGUGCUGUACAAAGGACGGAGGGACAAAUCAUUUCUAAACAGCGACCUCUCCAUGUACCAGACCGCUGUGUGACUCAACCGAAACGUCGUUAUAUUGUCUUUUCGUGGGACCUGUAGCACCGUAAUUCCUAUGUUUCUUCGAACGGGUUGUUUGUCCGGUUUGUUUCGAAACAGUUCACUCAAUAUUCAGGGCCAUGGAUGUUGGUGUUUUGUGCAGGGAAGUGAAUUCCAGACCCUAGAUGUACUUUCUGGAAUACUUGUACAUGUUGUCAAUGACUACCAAGUAGGAACUAUAUACUUUGGGAUGCCUUUCAAAGUGGCCAACUGUAAAGCCUUCUUCCCAAUGCUAAAUCAUGCUCAAGGUAUAUAGUGGCCUUGUAGUUUUGCUGCAUCAUAUGCCCCCGGAAAAAAAAGGCUUUUUUUUUUUUGGAUAGAAGGAAAGAAUUUUGGGGUCUCUGCUUUUAACUGUGGUCUGCACUGCAAAAUGGUUUCUAAGUUUUAGCUUUUUAGUAUAUAUUUGGUUGUGCAUUUGUUAGGGGAAAGUUAAGUCAGAUUUGGAUGCUUUGACCUCACUCUUGCUAACCCUGUUGCCAAUGUAAACUGAACUCUUUUUCUUGAAACUUUGUUACACCUACCAUCCUAUGGAAAGGACGCAACCAAAGGCACUUUUCUUUUUAUCGUUGUUUGUCUUAAUACAGGGAGCAUGGGGAGAACCAAGCCUACCAAAAACUCUUCUCUCAUACUUUUGUGUGUUUUGAGGUUCUUUAGAUUUUGAGCAUCAAUUUUAGCCUCGAGCUGUGUGCAGCUCUCAGUCAUAUUUACGGUUGACAGCCAGGUUUUAGAACUGUCUUCUACUGGCACGCCAUUCCUCGAGCAGGCUAUGACAAUCAGAUGUGCUACUUCCGGGCAUGUUUGCAACCGUGACCCACUUGGUCUUAUGCCUUCUAAGCUUGCUCUGUAUCCCAGAGAGAGUUCUUGCUUAAAACGGCUUUCAUGUUUGUAUCUCAACUUUGGAGUGCCUUCCACACCACACAUAGUUUCUAUUUGGCAGUUGUCUUUUUAAAAUCUGUUGCGGUGUGUUAUUUUUUUAUUGACGGUUAAGUAUAUAUCCUGAGGCAUGCUUUUAGUGUCUUGUGGUCCAAUAAUCAAUAUCAUUACCGUUAAUACUCCCAUUUAUAGCAGCUUUGCUGGUGGGUUAGUAAUGGUUCUGUUUCUUUUUUUGUUUUUUUUUGUUGCUGUUGUGUUUUUUUAUUAAGUCGCAGUGUUGUCUGGGUUCUAGUAGACAUGUGCAAAUAUUCAGACUUUCAAAUAUUGGUGUAUUUGAUUUGAACUUUGAAUCAAAUUGUAGCAUUCUAUUUUCUGGUGUUUAUUGCCUACCUUCAGAAUUAAUUUAAAGGACUGCUUUUAGUUUAGUGUGCUUCCCCCGCGCUGUGGGUGCACUUCAACUAAGCGAAGCUAGAGCUCCUGUAUAUGGGAGAGCAAUGCAAAUCGUUGUUAAAUAUUGUGGGGGCGAGAGGCUGGGCAGAUGUAGAGAUACUAGCAUGAAGAGGGGGAUUGGCAUUACUUUUUCAUAUACAUGAUUUCUAAGCGAAACCAAGGGCGACAAUGUCGCGAGUGCUGCUUUUCCGCGGUGUGACCGUGUGCAAGUGGAAGGAUACUUCUUUCAGGCAGAUUGGUGUAGAUUUAUUUGAAAAUAAGAUGCUUGUGCUUCUGCACAUGUUAUAAAAUUGUUUUCCUGAACCUUUGUUUUUAUGGGUGUGUAGUAGUAGCACACUUAAGGAUCACUUGUUUCCAAACCUGAUUAAAAUCAUAAUUUUCUACUACAGCUCUCGUAUUUCUAAUUCAAUGUGGUGGGGAAUUCUACGACAAUUAAGGCAAUUCAGAUUGAUUCCAAAAUUUACUAUUUGCACAUGUCUAGAUUCUAAUGUUCUAAUAGACCUUUGGAUUGCAAAAUGUGAGAGCACAAAUAAGCUGGUGUAGUCUCAACAUCAUAGACAACACCCGGCGACAGUGAGCAUACAGAGGCGUGUGUUGUCUUUAGUAUGUCCACACUCUGAGUUUUAUUCAUCACCUUUCACUUAUUCUUUACUGAAAAUCCCAAAGAUGCAAGUCUAGAUGUGCAUUUGAACAAGUUCUGCAUUCGGUUCCAGAUGUACGCUCUGAUGCUGCAUAUUUCUUUCGCUGACUUCGUGUCUAGUUGGUUUAUGGAAGUGGAUAUUAAGGAAUUGUUUCAGUGUAGGCUUGGACUUUUCUUGCACCUUUCUUUUGUGUGCAGUUCAGUGGAAUAGGUACACAGUGAGUGUGUGAAUCAGUCUUGCCAAGGGUUGUGCCCAAAACACGACAUUCUAGGACGUGUCUUAGUGAGAUUCCUGUGGAGAGACACUGCCAGCCAAGGCUAAUAUGAAGCAGCACCGAUGGCCUUCUUGUAACCCAUUUUCAUUUCAUACACAGAUUUUGGAUGUCCCCCGUGAGCUGUUUGCCAGUUUGUACCAGUUGUGCAAGGUUUUGUAAAGUUUGUAUUAAAGUGUGAUUGGAUAACUUUCA